GAAACGAGUGUCAGCUGAUUAGAGAACCACAUCAGUGAGCCCACCCGUGGCCGCUUCUGAUUAGUUGUUGCAGCAGCCGCUCGCAGAGAACGUUCCAGUUUCAAAAAGCUGCGGCAAAGCAGUCCGUUAGCUCGUCCCAUUGACGGGAGUCAUGUGCAACAGAAUGAAGUGUGAAGGAACAGGGAAAAGCGCUACUGUUUACUUUGCCGCAGCUGUUAUUCUGACGUGUUAUUUGGCGCAAACUGUAGACUGUAAUCCACUGAAGAAAACAGAGUGGCGAAAAGAAGCCGAUGCAGCCAGAAGGAUGGGUUUCAUAGAGGGGCAAAUUGUGUUCGGGAGAGUUUUUGAGAAAGGGUCAGGUCUUGGGUCACAAGUCCCACACCGGACCAAUAAGUCGUCCUCAAACGCAUCUGUACAGAAGGACGCUGCAUAUCAAGCCGACUCUGCAGGACAAACCCCACAUGCUAAUUCUAGAGAAGCCGCAUGGAAGCGCAUGUCGCCCUCCUUGCAGUGUGGUUGGGACCAGUUAAAGUUCAGAGCAGUGGGACCAGGAGCUUCACAGUUUGCUGUGGAACAAGCUCUGUCUCAAGUCCCUUCCACCUGUGGCUACAGCAUACAGAGGAACUCUCUUGCUCUUGUCAUGUUGGUUCCCUAUGAUGGCUGCAACGUGGUUCAAGAGGUUGGAAGUUAUGUGCUCCCUAUGCAUUGGCAGGGAAGUCCAGUCUCACUCUGGUGUCCCAAACCUCCAGCACCAACCACUGUACAAUCAGCAGCCACAGCUCCUCUUCCUUUCUACCCACCGCAAGCUCUACCAUAUUUCUUUCCUCCAUAUCCUAUAAAUCCCCAAUAUCCAACUCGUGAGCCAGAGACGACCACACCAAUGGCUCUUCCUGAACAACCCCAAGAUGCUUUCAAUCCCAGAUCUUUCAAUCGCCAAUAUAAAAUUCCUGAGCCAGGGCAGACGAUGACCCCACCACCAACGGUCCCUGAACGACGCGGUGUCCACUUUCCCCAAUAUUUUUUUGAUCCCCAGUAUCCUUUCUAUCCCCAAUAUCCAACUCUUAAACUAGAGAUGACGACACCACCACCAAAGGCUCGACCCAAUGUCCACGUUCCUCGAUAUCCUUUCCAUUUCCAAUAUCCAACUCGUAAACUAGAGAUGCCAACAAAGGCUUGCCCUGAACGACCCCGUAUCCACUUUCCUCGACGACAUUUCAUUCCCGAAUAUCCAACUCGUGAACUAGAGAUGAUUACAACACCACCAAAGGCUCGCCGUAAACGACCCAGUGUCCACUUUCCUCGAUCCUUUGCAUCCCCAAUAUCAUUUCAAUCCCUGAUAUCCAACUCCUGAGCCAGAAAUGAGACAAACUACAUCAAAGAAAAUGGCUCAACAUCAGCAAGUUCACCUUAAAUUUCCUUAUUUUGUCAUUUCUAUCCCCCUUAUUCAGGCUACGCUGCUAAUAAUAAAUGGUUUGAAUAAGUGACUGGUCCAGUUUUUUUUUUUUUUUUUUUUUUUUUUUAUUGUACUUUACUUUAUUAACCCUCAACUACCCCAAAAUUGUCAUGUGGCACUGCGUGUCUACAUGAGGAACGGAUAUUAAAAGGCUUUACUCUUGA